AGAACAACAAGCAUCUAACUGUGUAACAAGGUACGAUUCUGAGGGUGGGUUUGGACUUUGAGCGUUCAAAGCACCGUCAGAGCCUCCCGGCCCCCUGACAGAGCCCAUCUGCUGCUAUAAAAGCCCCGAGCUGAAGCUGAGAAAUCAGUCUCGUCCGAGUACUCGCCAAUACCAAGGGAGAGAGCUUCAACGAACCCAACAUGGGGGACUCAAAGCUCUGCCUUUUGCUGCUCAUCAGCACAACUGCCUUGGCUUUUGCCCAAGAUGAACCAACCUGCCUAUUGGCCCAAAGAUACAAGACCCUGCACAAGUACGAAUACCAAUAUGAAGCUGAAUCUCUGAACGCCAUCAACGGAGCCUCACAGCUCAAGAACGGACCCAAGGGCUCUUGCAAGGUUGAAAUUGAAGUGCCUCAGACUUGUAGUUACAUCAUCCGCACCACCGGCUGUAGCCUGAGUGAGGUGGUCGACAUGGACGCAGCGGGAAACCCUGUGUUCGGUCCCGCCGCCGGCUCCGACGCCUUUGCUGCUGAGAUGGAGAAGUAUCCUCUGAAGGUUGUGGUUGAGGGUGUGUACGAUGUCAAGCUGUACCCUGAAGACGGUGAGACUACAACCAUCCUGAACAUCAAGAGGGGUAUCGUCUCCGCCCUGGCUGUGCCUCUGGUGGAAGAGGACAAGAACAAGAACAUGCCCACCAUCCAUGGCAAGUGCAAGACCUAUUCCACUGUCAACGCUAGAGAGGACAUUGUAACUGACGUCACCAUCGAAAGGGAUCUGUCCAGAUGCGACAAAUUUGUCCCAGUGAGAGAUUACACCAGCCCACUGGCACUCAUCUCUGGCAUGCACUACCCUCUUGCCCAGAUGAUCAGAAGCAGCCAGACCUGCAACUACAAGUUUGACAAUGAGAAGAAACACAUGACUUCUGGAUCCUGUACAGAGAACCACAUCCUCAUUCCCUACUCUCACAAAGGAGAAUAUGGAGUUACCAAUGUUGGAAAGCAGGAACUGACUUUGAUUCAGGUUACUCCUCACAAUGAAAGAGUCUUUGACCACAGUGACAUCGUCAAGGGUCUUCACAUGGACGCCGUCGAGGACAAGAGUGUUGUCCAGGACAAAGAUGGAGCUCUGACCCUCCUGAGAGAACUGGCCGCUCUGCCUGAGACCGAGGGUGAAAAGAGGGCCCGCCUCUUCCAAGUCCUUGUCUACCUUGUCCGUGCAAUGAAGACUGAGACCCUGAGCCCUGCCGUUCCUGAAGCUCUUGCAGUGUCCCCUGUCCUGACCUACCAGGUCCUGGCCCAGUGCGGAACCCCUGAGUGCAGCAGUGCCAUCAUGCAGAUCCUCAGGACUUUCGACACCUCUUCACUUGAGGUCGAUGCUGGUGUUUUUGCUUUGGGACUCGUGUCCAAUCCUUCUGCCCUCCUGAUCAAUGACAUGCUGGAAAUGGCCAAGUACAAGCCCAGCAAAGCCAUCAUGUUUGCCCUGAGCAAUGUUGUUAAGAGGUUUUACAAAGCUGAGGGUAAAAUGAUCCCUGAGAUUUUCGCUGUUGCCGAGUUCAUGGGCACCCAGCUGGGUGACUGUACUGGAGACAAGGAAACCACUUUCAUGACAUUGAGAGUUAUUGGAAACAUGGCUCCAGCUAUGGCAGCUGCUGGCCCCGCACUCAGAGCUGGUGUGAUCCAGUGUGUGAACCAACCUGCUGCUUCCCCCGAAGUGCAACAGGCCGCCAUCCAGGUCUUCAGGCUGACUCCCGUCCCAGAGGAGGGAAGAGAGGUUCUCAUGCAGGUGCUUUUGGACGGCACCAGCCCUAUGCAAAAGCGUGUUGCCGCAUACCUGGUGCUUAUGAAGGACCCACUGCCCACUGAACUGUCCCAGCUGGCUGACGCCUUGCCCAAUGAGCAGGACAAACAAGCCAAGAGCUUUGUGAUCUCCCACCUUACCAACAUUCUGUCCUCAACUGAGCCAGAGACCGCAGAGCUGAGACAGAAGAUCCGGGAUGCCCUUCAGGGUAAUGAGCUCGGACCCAUCAUGGACCCCACCAAGUUCUCUCGCAACUACAAGAUGGGAUCUGUUGAGGGAAACAUGAUCUUUGAAGAUACCAGCUACCUGCCCAAGGAGGUCAUGAUUGAAAUGACUCUGAAGGCAUUCGGUUAUGACAUUGACAUGAUGGAGAUGGGUAUGGAGGGCAAAGGAUUUGAGCCAACUGUUGACGCCCUGUUUGGAGUGAACGGAUUCUUCCCCGACACUGUCAUGAAGACAAUGUCCUUUGUGUCUGACAACAUGCCACUCAGAGUCAAUGAGAUCCUGCAGAACAUGCUCCCUGCUCUGAAGAAGGACAGGAUGAAGAGACAGGCCUCCCAGAACCUGAUGAGGGAGAUCGGACGCAACCUCAACAAACUUGUGAGGGAAAUGAAGGCAGCACAGUCUCCUGAAGCAAUGGUUUAUCUGAGACUUUUGGGAAAUGAGCUUGGAUAUCUGAAGACCAAUGAAAUGGAGGAGAUGGCCUACUCUGCUGCCAUGAUGAUUGACAGCAUGCUCAAGAUGUUCCCAGUUGAUAUCAUGAAGGCUCUGAUGACCAAGGCUGACAACUCAAUCUUUGCCCACUACAUCUUCAUGGACAAUGAAUUCUUCCUGCCUACUGCCACUGGUGUGCCUCUCAGGAUUGCGAUGGCUGGUACUUUCACCCCUGGCAUCAAGGGUGGACUUCAGAUUGCUCGUGAUAUGAGUGAAGUGACCUUCAUGCCCUCCGCUGGCAUUGAGAUUGCAGCUCAGAUUGGCUCCCACAUCCCUGAAUAUGUCAACACUGGAUUAGAGAUGCGCACCAACUUUUUCCACGAGAGUGGGCUCAGUGCCAAGAUCUCCAUGGAGCCCAACAAUGUCAAGCUGACCAUCCCUGCUCCAAAAAAUCCUACAAAGCUCAUCCAAAUCACAAACACCCUGGUGGCAGUGACUGGAUCAGAGGUUAAGACCAUCCCCCCUAUGGUGAUGGACAAGGUUGAUGCCAGUGAGUGCACUCCCUUCUUCGCUGGAAUGAAAUACUGCACUGCUCUGCAGUACACUGAUGCUUUCUCUCAGGAGACAGCCCCCUACUUCCCCUUAACCGGAGACAGCAAAUUUGCCGUGGAGCUCCAACCCACUGGUGAAGUCACUGAGUACACAGCCACAAUUGCCUACGAGCUCCUGAGGGAAGGAGAAGAGGGCCGGCAGAAGGUUGACUCUGUGAAGUUUGUUCUCAGGGCUGAAGGUGCAGAGCCCACUGAAGCUACAGCACUCGUGAAAUAUAACAGAAGAAAGAAUGUCAUCACAGCCGACAUCCAGAUCCCUGACUUUGAUGUGGAGGCUGGACUCAGACUGGGUGUUGUUGAUGGAAACACCAAGGGCAAAGGAACUCACUCCAUCUCUCUUGACCUGAUAAACAAGAACAUUCCUCAGCUCUCCCUCGUUGGCCGCGCCAAGCUGAUGGCCAUGAAGGAAGGUAUGCUGCAAGUCCAACUUCUCAUCCCCUCUAUCAACGCUGAUGCCACUGUCACAGCCAACAUGAAACGUGAAGAAGAACUGGAAUUGGAGCUCAAGAGUGAAAUCAAGCUCAUGGAUGCCACCUCUGAGCAGACAAUCGCAAUGAAAUAUGAUGACAACAAGCUUGAGGCUGAAUUCAAGUCUGAUGUGAAAGCUGAGACCGCCAACUUACCAUAUGCUGAGUUGUUCGACAAGUAUGGCAACCAAGUUCUCGACAUGGAGGUUAUGCAGACUGACAUGAAAGUCCGUCACAUCUUCUUGAAGUUUGUGGAGGCUGCAAACAACUACAUGGAAAAAUAUGGUGCUGAUCUGCCUUACAUUCAGAACUUCAGAAUGCCUAAUAUGCCUGAGAUUUCCCUGCCUGAGACACUGUUCAUGAAGACCGAGGGAAAGGCUGUCUACUACUUCAACAAUGAGCGCUUCACUAUUGCUCUUCCUCUCCCUCUUGGAGGAAAGUCAACUGAGGAGCUUAACUUCCCACCAGCAUUGUCCACACCUAGUGUGUCUCUACCCCAGUUUGGACUGGAGAUUGUCUCCAUGGAAAUUCCCAUCCCAGAGCUUGUUGUCCCUGAGAGCCUGACUCUGUCCAUUCCUCUUUUCGGCAAAGCUGAGGUUUCAACUGUGAUGAAGAGCAACAUUUAUGACAUGGAGGCUUCAAUGGCUGCCGGCAAAGAUGUUGUUGAGACAUCAAGCUACUCAGCUAAGUUUGAUGUGAAAGGAACCAGCCCAAUUGACAUCCUCUCAGUUACGAUGGAAGGAUCUGGAAGUUUGGCCACCACUGAUUCCCUCAAGGCCACUCUGAAAAGCUCUUUGGCCCACAAAUUCCUUGAAGCCAGUGUUAGUAUUGUUGAGGAUGCAAUCAUCACAGACAAAAUCAAUUUGAAAUCAAGCAGCAAGAUUGAAGCCACAAGCCCAUUCGGUCUCAAGAUUGUGCUCGAGCACAAUGGGAUGACUGGAAUCAACACUGAAGAAAUCUCUGCAGAUAGCAAAUUUGAGGGAAUGUUCACUGCUGGGCCCAUGUAUGGCAAGACCAUUUCAAACCAGGCAUUUGCCAUCUUCCCAUUCAGGCCAGAAGCAAAGAUUGAUUCUUCUGUUCAGAUUGACUCCACCAUUGUUAGGGCCCAGAACACAAUUGCAGCAACUCUUGCCAAUGGUGAAUUCUCAGUUGUGUCCAACACCAAUGCCUUUGAAGACAUCUUGACCAAUGUUGCUGAGCUUUCCUUCAAAGACAGCAAGCUGUCACUGAAAUGUGACACAAAUGCCCUUGCUCUUGGCAUGAAGAUCCGCAACCAGGCUGAAGCCGCUGCUGGUGCCGGUGAAGUCGCCAUGAGAAUGGAGACAAAUGCAGACCACACUGAAAACCGUGUUUACUCUCUGCUGACUGCCUCUCUUGAUGUCAAUGGUCUGGCUGUUAACAGCGAUGCCACCUUCAAACUCCUUGAGAAUGUAGCUACUCACAAGGCUACUCUGAAAAUGAACAAGGACGGUUUGACCACAAGUGGAACAAACACCCUCCAGAGCCCCCUGUCCCUUGAAAACACCUUUGAUGCUGGGCUUGAUGCUUCAAAGGCUUCUCUGUCCAUUAUCAACAAGGCCGCAAUCUUUGACAUCAAGGUCGAUAAUACCAACACUCUGACCAUUACUCCCUCUAGCUUUGACUUCAACUCCAAGGCUGAAGCCAUCGGCAGCGAGUAUGCCUCUUACACUCAUGAUAUCACCCUCGACCUGAAACCCUACACUGCUUCUGCAAAUGUCAAUAACAACCUGAAAGUUCUGGCAGCCAACUUCAUUAAUGAGGCACAGUUGCAGGCAGAGCUUUACAAGAUUGACCUGACUGGAAGCAUGAAAGCAAUUUAUGGUGAGGAAGAGAUCAAGCACAUUUAUCAGGUAAAUUAUGCUGAUAUGAUAGCUAAUGCCAAGUGCAGCACCACUGGAAAACUCUUUGGAACUCACACAAACCAGAACACUGAGCUUGAGAUUACCGGUCUUGCUGUCAGGAUCUCCAACGAUGCCCGCUUCAACUCACAGCCAAUGCGCUUUGACCACACCAUCCGUUGCAGCAUUGUGCCUUUUGAUUUCAACCUUGAUGCCGUUUUUAACGGUGAUGGAGACAUGACCAUGUAUGGAAAGCACAGUGCCCAGCUGUAUGGCAAGUUCCUCCUUAAAGCACAACCCCUAGCUUUUGCUAGCUCACAUGAAUGCAGAGCAUCAGUAAACCAGCAGCUCGAUAACGGUUUUGCUCUUGAGACCACAUUUGACAACAAGAUGGAUACUGUUCUGUCACUCCAAGAGCAGAAGACCAGUUUCAGAAUGAAGUCUAAAAUGAAUGAGCAUGCCUUUAAUCAGGACCUGAGUGUUUACAACACUGCUGAGAGAACUGGAAUUGAGGUUUCUGGCACCAUCCUCACCAACAUGCUAAAUGCAGACUCCGCAGACAACCAGGAAUUCACCAUCGCUUCCUUCAUCAAGUAUGACAAGAAAACAGACUGCCAAAUAGUUCAGCUCCCUCUAUUCGAAAAUCUACCUGCCAUCUUGGAAAGCAUCAAAGGCAUGGUUGUGAGUGUUGCAGAGACACUGCAAGACUGCCUCAACAAUGAGAGGAUAAGGGCUAAACUUGAGGCUCUUCCCCAGUAUGCUAACGAGUUUGUUUCUCAACUGAAUGUAGAAGGCAAGCUCAUUCAGCUGAAGGAGUAUUUCAAUGAUAUUACCCAAGAAUAUGUCAUCACAAUGGAGGAUGUGGAAGCUGCUAUUAUGAACCUGCGAAAUAAUGUUAGAAAACUGCUGGUUGACCUCUCUCUGUACAUCCAAAGCUUUGCUGAGAUGGUGCAACAGAUUAUUGUUAGUGGCACCCUCCCUGAAACCCUCAUUCAGAAGUUCCAGGAACAGCUGAAUGCCUUUAAUGCAGAGUAUGACAUCCAGGCUAUGAUCAUGUAUGUGAUUGAUACCAUGGGGGAUAUGAUCCAGCAGAUCGACCUAGAAAAACUGAAGGGGAGCAGCAUCGCAUUCCUGAGUGACAUUGAUGCCAAGUAUGAAAUCAAGGCUAAUCUUCAGUCAAACAUGCGUGAUAUUAAACAAGUAAUUGAGAACUUGGACAUGCAAAAAAUGUUUGUUGAACUGAAGGAGUUCAUUUCUGAUUUGCACUUAAGAAGUCUCGUUGAUUUCUUCGUGAAUACGAUUCCCUCUGAAAUCUUCCAGGAUAUGACAGAUAAAAUAAAGGACAUGAUUCAGGACCUUGACAUCCCAACUAAGAUUAAUAUAUUCUUUGCCAAGAUGAGAGAACUGAUUGUGAAGUUCGAGGCUGACAAAAAGGUUCAGGCUCUCUUGGAAAAGGCUGUUGAGCUCGUCCAGCAGUUCAAAAUUGAAGAAACUAUCAGAGCUGUAGCUAACAUGGUGAAGGAUGCAGACAUCCCUACCAAAUUCAUGGAAGCCUUCCAGGGUGCACUUGACUAUUUGAAAGCAACAGAGGUUAAGGAUAUCAUUGAGCAGCUCAAUAUGUAUAUUGACACUAUUGUGCAAAAACUGAGGUCAUUGGAAUAUAAUGCCUUUGUGGAUUAUGUCAAUCAAAUUAUUGCUGAGUGCACCGUUUAUGUGAACGAGUUGAUCAAGACUCUUGAAAUCCCCCAGAAACUUGAGGCUACUAGAGACUUUGUCAACCUCGUCUUAACCUAUGGCAGAGGCUUGUUGGAAAGCCUGAGAGAAAUCAAAGUUGCAGAAAUGAUUAAAUCUGUAAAGGAUUUUGUUGACCAGGUUGUGCUUGAAAACCUUAGGUCAUUUGCUGACUAUAUCAAAGUGAGAAUAACAAAUCUGGAUGUCAGUGCUGCAAUUAACUCUAAAUUCGACUAUGUGAGAUCAAACUACAGAGCUGCCAUCAGAAUUGUCUCUCGUAUUUUCACCAAUAUGCUUGACUUUAUGAACACUGUGGUACCAGACCAAAAAAUCUUCAGCGAGAUUCGGCAGAUCUUUGAAGGGCUCCGUACUGAACUUAAGAAACUUGAGCUGAGCACACCAUCCUUCAUCAUUCCUUUCACUGAUCUUGCUGUGCCUUCAGUGAAGAUCAGUAUGAAUAAUCAGCUCGAAAUCCCAACACAGCUGGAUAUCCCUGAGUUCACCAUUUUGGGCUCCUACACUGUGCCAGCCACCACAAUUUCCAUUGAUGACAUCAAGCAGAAAAUAAUGGAACUCAUUGAUUUCAUUAAAAGCUUUGAGAUCAAAAUGAUUGAUGUUGAUGCUUUCUUCGGAGAUCUGACCAUCAACUACCUUCCUUCCAUGCCUGAGAUGACCUUCCCAGAAAUCAACCUUCCUGAGUUCUCAUUCCCCUCCAUCCCCCACGUUAAUGUAGAAAGGUUGGUCAAGUCUCUUCAGAUUCCUGAGUUCACACUGCCCACCAUUCCAGAUCAGAUGAUGGUCCCAUGCUUUGGUAAACUCUAUGGUGAGAUCAAAUUCCAAACUCCCAUAUACAUCGUGAAGACUUCUGCUGAGCUCCAGAACUCCACUGAGAAUGAAAUGACACCUCAAUUUACUGCAUUCCUGAAUUCCCAGGCCACAUCUCCAAGUUUUGAAGUUCUUAACUACAAACUUGACUCCACUGCCCGUGUUGCAAUUCCAAAAAUGAGCCGUGUUGUCCUUGCAGAGACUCUUAAGUUCAAUCAUCUUGCUCUUGGAGUUGAACACCAGGCAUCUGUCACUCUCUAUGGUCUAUCAGCCCAGGCCCAAGGCAAAACUACCAUUAAGGUUAGCACUACACCUUUCACUGCUGACUUUAUGAACACAGCCUUUAUUGCUAUGGAAGAGGGAAUGUCUGCCUCUCUGGAUUCAACUUACAGUCAAAUUGUGGACCUCCCAAUGUUCAGCUUCAGAAGUGAAGCCACUGUAACCCAGAAAGCAGUUGCUCGCCAAGAUGGCUACACCAUCAUUCUAACAGCUGAGAAUACAGGCAAUGGCAAAGUCAAUGCUCAUGAGGGAUCCCACAAGAGCAACAUGGAGAUGACACUCACUCCCAGCACUAUGAAACUGACUUUCUCUGGUGACACAGACUCUACCAUCUUAAAGAUGAAACAGCAAAUAGCUGCAGAAUCUGGCAUCUUCUCCUACUGCAAGUUCAACAUGCGCAAUGAGGCAGAGGCACCAGUCAUUAAGAACAGUCUUGUUGUGGUAUCUGGAGACUUCAAUCUUUAUGACAUGAAGGCUGAGGUGAAAGCAAACCAUGACACAGAACUGUAUGGUGCAGUCAGUGGAGUCCUGUCCAAUGGAAUCAACAUUGUUGUCCGUCCUGUUGAGAUUGUCUUUGAAUUCCAAAACAAAGGAAAUGCCAAGGUUAACGUCAUUGAAAGUCUGACUGCCAAGAUUGAUCUGCAGAAUGAUUACUUCGCCACCAUCAAACCCAACAGCCAACAGAUGAACACAGUAGCCCUGGCUCGUCUUAAUCAGUACAAAAUGUUCUACAACUUCACGGUUGACAAUAAUGAAAAUCAGGCUGCCAUCUUUGUCGCUAUGGAUGGUGAGGCCAAUCUUGACUUCCUGACAUCCCCCAUCAGCAUUCCUGAGAUUGACCUGCCUUUUGUUGACUUCCGUACUCCAGCUAUCAGUGACCUGAACGUGUAUGAACAGACUGGAUUGAAGAACAUUUUGACAACCACUGAGCAGUCUGUGGACAUGGAUGCCAAGAUUGUUUACAAGAAAAGCCAGGCUGCCCCCAUUGUUGACGUGAUGGGUCCAAUCCAGAUUCCUUCUUUGGGUAACCUGAUCACAGAGAUGUCCGUCAAGUCUGCUAUCAUUAAUCUGAAUGUCAAUGCUGGACUGUAUACUGAAGAUGAUCUUGUGUUCCGCCUGGGAGCUUCCACAGCCUCUGUGUUUGAGAGUCUGAAAGCCAAACUUGAUGGAACCACAAGCCUGACAACCAAGAGAGGAAUCAAGUUGGCCAAUUCCCUGUCCCUUGAAAAUCCGCACAUUGAAGGCACUCAUGACAGCACCAUCAGCAUGAGUACUGAGACUUUGGAAACUGCUAUCUCUGUGGCUACUGUUGCAAAGAUUUCCCUGCCUAUUCUCAACCUGGAAGCAAACCAAAAUUUGGUUGCAGACACCAAAGCCAAAGCAAAUGCUGUCUCCACCUUGACCAUGAAGGGUGAUUUCAAUAUCCCUGUGAUCAAGGCUGUUGGAAAGGCCGAGGCAGAACACAGCCUGAAGCUGGAGGGAAGCUUUGACUAUGUUUCCAUGGAGUCAGCUGCUAAGGCAAACAUGGAUGGCACAGUGCUUGAAGACUAUCUACUUUUGGGAGUCCUGGAUAAUGACAUGAAUAUGUACCUGAAUAACGAUGGCCUGCGCUCCACCUCCAAGGUUAUUGCCGAUGCCAAGCUCAACCAAGGCAACAACAAAGUCAUUGGCAUGGAUGUAAAUGAGAACCUUGCUGUUGAAGCCUCCCUGAGCCGUGUGUAUGCAGUGCUGAAGUUCACUGGAAACAAUGAGGCAAAUGUUUUCAAUUUCAAUACCCGUGGAAAACAAGUUGUCCAGGCAACCAUCGAUCUUGCCCCAACCUCUUCUUUGACUGCUGAUAUUGAGAUUGACAUUUCUCAGCCAAGCAACCUGGGUGACCUCAGCAUCUAUGAGAAGACUGUUGCUGAAGUGACACCUGCCACACAGAAGAUCUCUGCCAAUGGCAAGUUUGUGAGCCCACUGUACACCACAAACCUGGCAGUCGAAGUUGAGGGCAGUGUUCCUGUCUUCAAAGUCAUCUUGAAGUCCUCUGCCACCUCUGUUAUUGUGCUCUUGGAAUAUGACAUUGAUGCCUCCUCUACUGUGAACUUUGAGAAUGAAGCCCUGAACAUGGUCAACAGAGCUCUUUUCAACCAUGCUGAAAUGACCAUUGAUUUCAACCAUGCCAUUACCCAAGCCUUGAGGAGAAAGCGACAGGCUGAUGACAGUUCUUCUCGCCACACCCUGAAUGUGGACAUCACCAGCCCUACAUUCACUGAUGCAAACCUUCGUUAUGCUGCUCGCAGCGAUGGUAUCAGUGCCUCUGUGUCUACUCCAACCACUGGCUUCGUGGGCCUUCAGUUCAAUGGCAGAGUCCCAUCUCAGAUGAUGGCAAGACUCUAUGGUCGUUAUCCUUCUGCCCCAGAUGCUGAUGUUGAGGCCUUGGUCAUCAGAUCAUCUGCUAAGGAUGCCGAUAAGAUGAACCUGCAGAUUGCCUACAACAUGGAGGUACUCAAAGCAGUGCUCUCUGAAAUCAAGCUCAGGCUCCCUUCCAUGAUCUCUACAUUCACAAAUUUUGCUGACAAGUACCAAAUCACAGGCAAAAUGGAAGAGAUGAAGAACACCGUUGUUAACCGCAUCAGCGAGGCCUACAAUGUUGCAAUCAACUAUGAUGCUCAGUUGAGCCAGCUGUCAAUCUUCUUCAGAAACAUCAUUGUCCAGUACCAGCAGACUGUCCAGGUAUUUCUGGAUGCUGUUGUCAAGGUCUUGAGGGAAACCCAGUUCAAACUGCCUGGGUCUGAUGAGAUGACCACUCUCCCUGAGGCCCUGAAGAUGCUGACCAGCAGCAUUGCUGCUUUUCUGGAGACAACCCUCCACACCAUCUAUGACAACACUGAGGUCUACUAUAAUGCCUUUGUUGAGAUGAUCAGCAGUGUGAAAUUGCGCAUGCCAGUUGGUGAUGCAAUCUCUGGAGGCCAGAUCUUGGAUCAGGUCAAGAGAACAUACAAGUACAUCUUUGAUGAACUGGUGGACUUUGUGAAAAAUAUGGAGAGCCUUGACACAAUGCUAGUGAAGAUGGGCGAGACCCUUAAGGCUAUUGUUGAGAAAUCUCAGGAGUUUGUUGACUCUGUCAAGUCUGAUUAUUUAGAUGCAGUGUUCGUCAACAUCAAUGUCCUCUAUGUUAACUUUGUCACAGUCUUAAAGAAUGUUGUAGACCAGAUGUCUGCCCUAAAUAUGGAGCAGCUCAACAGUUCAUUUGAGUACAUUAUGGACAUGCUCAUCUAUGCAGUGGACCAGUUCAAUGUCACCGUUAAUGGUCUCCUGCAGCAGGCUUCAGAGGAAGUUCAAACCUACAUGAAAGUUAGUGAAGGGAGGCUUGAGAUUUCCCUGCCAUUUUACUUCCAGCAGUAAGGAUCCCUCACAGACUGAGGCCUAAGUCCUUAUGAAACACUACCAUCUGUUCAAAAUACAUGCUUGGAAGGACUAUGGACAAUUUGCUCUUUAACCAUAUUUAUAACAACAAGUUUAACAGAAACACCUGUUGUACCAUUUUCACUUGAAUGGUUUAUUGCAUUUAACAUUGAAAAUGUAACAUUCUACUGAAACUCAUCCCCCUGAAAAGGGUGAAAAGCAUCAAUAAAAUAUGUUAACGCAAUUUAUAAAUGUCUGAUGUC